AAUAAUAAAAGUAAUGAUGAAUUGACAAAAAAGACCUAGUCAAUUACAUAGUCAAGCAGCUGUCAUUUUUCUUUCUGGAUAUACAAAAUCCCUUCUUCAAACCCUUUCCUCUUUUUCUCUCUUACUUGACAGCAAAUUAGAGUUUGCAACUGUCCCUAAUUUUCUUUCUUUCUUUCUCUCUCCUCUCUUCUUUUCCCUCUUAACCUAACCACCCUUCUCCCCUUUCCCUCUUUCUCUCUCUACACCCCAUCUCCCUCUUUCUCUCUCUAUGAUCUUUGAGCCAUAGAGUUUGAGCUUGUUAGAACAAGGGGCCUAGGCUCAAGUCCAAAACUCGAUACCGCCUUCGAAACCUAUAAAGAUCAUGAUGAUGACGACAAUCAAAGGAUUCAAUUCCUGUCGUUUUCAAUUAAGUUUAUGAGCAACUUAUAAAUUCAAUUCCAUCAUAUGCAAAUUUAAAGGAGGAGGAGGAGUCGUUAUUAAUUUUUUUUUUCUUUGGUUAUAAUAUAUAGUUUGAUCAACCAUAUAUUAUAAGCUGCUGUUACUAUGGCUCAUUACCAUGUGCAUCAUCAAUACCGAUCACCCUUCGGCGACACCACGUACACCAAAGUCUUCGUCGGAGGCUUAGCAUGGGAGACUCCUACCGAAAAAAUGCGCGCUUAUUUCGAGCAAUUCGGUGAGAUCCUUGAAGCCGUCAUCAUCACUGAUAAGAACACUGGCAAGUCCAAAGGCUAUGGUUUUGUAACAUUCCGAGAGCCAGCAGCUGCAGCAAGGGCGUGCUUAGAUGCUAAUCCAAUGAUUGACGGACGACGAGCUAAUUGCAACAUUGCUUCAUUUGGUCGCCCUAGGCCUUCACCACCAAGAGGUAGAAGUAAUCAAGGAGGAGUAGCAGUACAAGGACAGGCAUCGUCGUCGUCGUAUAGUGGAAUGCCAACGCCACAACAGACAUUGCCAACACCAUAUUUUUAUCCUUAUGGGUACCCUUAUACAGCCUAUAGUUACCAAGGUGUAUACAACCCACAACAAGUGCAGCAACAAUCACAGCAGUACUAUGCACAAUUCUAUGGUGCUGCUGCUGGUGGGUCCCCUUCUAAUUCAUCCUUAGGCCCUCCCUUUUAUUAUGGUGGUUAUUCUUUGCCUACUACUCCCACUCCUAGAACUGCUGCCUUCUCUUCCACCACUCCGGCGGCGCAUUGUAUGGCCGCUCCCUCUUAUCUUUACUACCCUACGCCGCAGCUCGAAGGUGCUGCUGCUGCUCCUGCUGCCUAUAGUCCUUAUGCUGCUCCUGCUUUUACUUCUGCUCCUUCUACGACGACUCUUCCCUCUUCCGGAUCACAACUUCCUUCGUCAAAUGACACAACCCUACAAGUCCCUGCGUCCUCUACAGAGGAAUCACAAGCUCAACAAAACAGCUCUGUAGAGACGGAUACUGCAGUGAUCCAUUCUGAGGGUCCAAGCAAUUGAGAAGGAUCCAUGUUCACAAUUGUAUAAUCUUUUAACAAAAAAAUUCAUGCUCCUGAUUUUUUUUUUACCCACCAUAACAAACAAAUUUAUAAGUAUAAUUUUUCCGGGUCCUAAGCUGUUACAUUCGGGUCAACAAAUGGAUUUUCAACCAACAAAGAGCAUGUCAAUGGCACAAGCUAUGGACUGACCAAUAUUAUUAUUAUUAUUACUACUAUUAUUACUAUUACUAUAUUUUACUUCAUGCAAAACUCACUUAUUCAUUUUUUUUUCCCUUGGAAAAUAAUUCUUUGUGAAUUAUUCUUUUCUUUUUUUU